AUGCGAUCGAUCGCCUUUCUCAUCACCUUGGUGGUGAUGGCCAUCUUCAUCGCAUUUUGCGAUGCUCGGCCUCACGAAGACAGCAUCUCUGGUACCCUGCCCAGCAACCUCACCUCCACGGACACCGGGGUCUCCAGGAAGGAGGAUCCGGACAGCCUUGAUAACGUGCCCAACCUUAACCGCGACGUUUUCAAGAACAAGAACCGCUGCUACUACACCGAUGUCAGUGAGAAGUGGAGUGACAUGGGUGGGUUGCACUCCCAGCACGUCCACGAUGCUAUCUGGAACAUGUGCGACGUCGUCGCAACAUUUGCGGCAAACACGGGCUUCAAGAAGGAUGACAAGAUGGCCGUCUGCAAGGAGGUCCCCAAGAACACGCAAGGCAAGAACUACGAUCGCAGCAUCGGCGUGACCAUGAUCUACAGGGGCCCGGAUAGAGUUUUCUCACCCAUAGAUGCCCAGUACUCCUUCAACCUCAUGGCACAGUCAAUGAACUGCGGCGCCGGUGGAGAGUUCGUCGUCGGCUACGGAAGCCCUCGCCAGUGGUGGGAAGUAAAGGCGGAUCCAAACCGAAACGACUGUAAAUCCAACGACUAUGGGACUGUUUUGUAG